AUGGGUACCUCUUCGCAGAAGAAUUCUCAACGUCAAGAUAUUGCAUCGCCUGGCUAUUUGAUGGCCAGUCAGGUUGAAGACAGAGGAAGCAUUGGUUGUGGAAUGGCUACCGCAGCUAUCCUGGAUGAUCAAGUCAUGACAAAUAAUGAAGUCAAACCUGUGGCUAUACAAAACAAGUUUCAAACAAAUUAUACUUCAGUCACCCCAGUCAGCCUAGUCAAUCUAGAUUCUGAGUACAACACCGACAAUGACCCUACCCCCCCUGGAAAAGAGAAAUUCGAAGCAGCUUACUACAGUCCUGAGAUGUUCAACUUCUUCGAGAUGCAAGUUCAUCGAAAUGGCCUACUCAGUAUCAUGGAUGCAACAGCUUCGGCUGAUUCAUUUAUUUUAUUCACAUUCCUGCCGAUCGAACUGCAAAGAAAGAUUUGGUUCUAUGCUUUGCCACCACCAGACAGCAACGUUUGGGCUCUGGUUAACGUAAGAUAUUGCGACAAUGAUACCAAGGCUGCGAUUUCUAUCGAUAAUGAUGCUUCGUCAAUCAGUCGCAAUGCAUUGCCAUUCCCAGAUGCUCUACAAUCUGUAUGCCGUACGGCAAGAGAGAUAUUCUUGAAGCACUAUAGUCAAUUCAAAUUUGAUGGUAUCAAUAAGAAAAUCCGUGAUCCUGAGGAUGAGGAUGGCGAUGAUUACCGAGAGAUGACAGUGAUGGCAAAACCCGGUAUAUGGUUCGAUACGGAAGUGGAUACCUUACAUCUCACAAACAUGUAUCUGCUUCCAAUGUAUACGGAUGAUUACAAAGUUUCUAUGGACUUAACAGGGCUGAGAUCUUUGACUAUAGAUUUGAUAAGUAUGCAAUGGGUAUGUGAUACCAAACGAGAUAUGGACAUAUUCUGGACAGGAUUAGAAAGCCAUUGCCAUGUACUCGAACGACUCACCAUUGUACUCAAUAAUAUACGUGAAUUCCCGCGUGUUCAGCGAGCAUUCGAUGGAACUUCCCCGGAACAUCGAUUUCAGGACUUUGAUGAGGCGUUUAUUGAACAAUUGCGACACAGUCAGUAUGUUCAACCACGCAUCCAUUCGGAUAAGCUUGAGCGGGAUAUCCAGAGGAGUUGCGAAUUGUGGGAAACUCGCAGUCUGAAGGCAAAGCAGGCGAACAUGGAUUAUUGGAAAAAGAUUGAUCUCAGGCCAGUAUGGAUGGUUUAUAUCACUUCAUUUUAUGUCAAUUAUAUUAGUAGGGAGAUAUUUCCGGGACCCUUUAUGGCGGUUCAAACAUAUGGGUUCCCAACGCUUUUUAUAAGAUGUAAUGAGGAUGGAUCAUUGCUCGAUGAAUAUGACCACUUCAAGGAGCUUUUCGAUGAGGAAGACGAGAAGAUCGUGGAACCCUUCGAGGAGGAACGUCUCAUUGUUAUUGGCGACGACUGA